UCAGUGCAGGUUAGUCAUGUUACAUGUUACGGCUUCACCUCGGAGUGUACCUUAGCAGUAGCAUGCUCUCAGUCUCCACUAUUACUACUACUACUACUACUACUACUACUACCUGUCAUUUGCUUUCUGGGGUUUGUCUCUCUCAAGCACACGCCAGGAUUUCCACCAGCUCUGUGAGAGAAAUGUAAAAGCGAAGGGGCCGUCUCAGAGUCCCAGAGUUUCUCAACGUUUUCUCAAGCAGAUCUGGUGGAUGGUGGCAAUGGAAACACCUAGACCUGCCUCUGUCAUCUCCAUUGGCGAUGGGAGGGCUUUCUCCAGGGCUGAAUUCCUGUCCCUGCUGAACACGUACAACUGCUUCCUGAGGGAUAAACCCCACCUCCAUCUGCAUUAUCAUGAGAGUGCUGGUGGUGAGGUGAGGGUGGAGGGUUUCCUGGUGGUGUCAUGGGGGGUGAAGAGGCCCAUCCGCCUGAUGAUCCAGGACGACAAGCAGAGUCUCUCUUCCCCGUCGCCCUCGCCAUCGCCAUCGCCCUCACCACUCCACUCCUCUCCACAGUCCCCUCUGGACUCCCCCGUUAGUCCCCUCGGAAACAAGAGAGGCAUGACGCGCUGGGGGGAAUAUGACGAUCUUCUGCGCAUAGAUGAGCUGGAGGAGAGCAAACCCAACAUCCUCGAGGAUCCCCCUGAACCAAAUAUCUACAGUAGCAGCACCAUGCGAUCGCCGCGGCCCAAAGCCAUGCUGGACGCAGAGGAGGACCUCCUGCUCAUCCGCAGCCUCAGCGACGCCUCGCUCGUCAAGAAGAGGGUCAAGAGCAGGACGGCUGCCGAGCGACAGCGCGCCCAGCAACACCGCUUCUCCAUCAACGGACACUUUUACAACUACAAGACGUCCAUCUUCACCCCAUCCUAUGGUACAACCACCAACGUACGAAUCAACAGCAGCAUGACGACACACGAGGUCAUCCGUCAGCUUCUCAACAAGUUUAAGAUAGAGAAUGACCCGAAUGAAUUUGCCCUCUACUGCAUCCAUCAAAGUGGGGAGCGGAGGAAGUUGGCGUCUGCUGAGCUGCCUUUGUUGGAGCGGAUCCUCCAGGGUCCCUCAGAGAACAUCAUGAGAGUCUUCCUGAUGGAUACGGAUGAACAGGAAGUCAGCAAUGAUGUGGCCCAGUACCUGAACUUGGAGCUGCCCAUUCUGGAGAGUGUCCUCUGGAGGCUGCAGGAGGAGGAGAACCAACAGAUCCAACGAGCAAUCUCAAAGUACAGACAGCAGCACCACCGCUUAACACACUGCCUGAGCACGAAGCUGGCCGCCGGCAAGACAGAAACUACUGUGUGACCCUGGCUGGCUGGCGGUGCAUCAUGGUCACUCUCUCCAUGUUUGACCUUGACCCUUGACCUUGACCACUAUGUGACCUUCACCGUGGGACACUCAUUAUUACUGUAUGAGCCUUCCCUUCCUGGCACCAGUGGCAGGGUCAUCAGGAAUUCUCUAAACCUUCUGCUGGAGGGCAUGUGGACCCAUAGAAGUCCCUCUGAAACUUCUGAACUGUUUACUUGGUGGGAACAGUGACUGG